GUGCAGGAUCUGUUCUGUUAGAAAACAGAGGCAAGCGGCUCUUUGCCUGUUGGAGGGUAUGACUUGCCAAGCAUUUGCUUCAUCUGACACCUUUGUACCCUUGAAUUCUGACUCUUCUCCCUCUCUGCCUCUGAUAAUGCAUCACAGCGCCGCAGAGUGCCUACCGGUUUCUAACCAUGCCACCAAUGUUGUGUCUACAGGCCUUCAUUACUCUGUGCCUUCCUGUCAUUAUGGAAAUCAACCAUCUACCUAUGGGGUGAUGGCAGGCAUCAAGCCUGCAACUCCAGAGAUGCUGUCAGCAAGUCUCUCCCAGAGUCGUAUCUUACAGACAUGCAGCAUGCCGCAUCCCAAUGUGGUAAACAGUGUCAGCACCUUGCAAAGCAACCUGACUCCUUGCCUUUAUAAAUUCCCCGAGCACGCCCUGAGUGCCAGCUCCUGUGCCCUGGGCCACAGCUUCACACCUAUGCACCAGUCCCUCCUCACAGACGAUCCCACUGCUGCAGACUUUAAGCAGGAGUUCCGCAGAAAGAGCAAGUCAGUCGAAGAGCCCGUUGACAUGGACUCCCCUGAAAUCAGGGAACUGGAGAAAUUUGCUAAUGAAUUUAAGCUGCGGAGAAUUAAGCUGGGUUAUACCCAAACCAAUGUUGGAGAAGCGCUGGCGGCUGUGCACGGCUCUGAGUUCAGCCAAACCACUAUUUGCAGGUUUGAAAACUUGCAGCUGAGUUUCAAGAACGCAUGCAAACUGAAAUCAAUACUGUCCAAGUGGCUGGAGGAAGCAGAACAAGUAGGAGCUUUAUACAACGAAAAGGUUGGAGUGAAUGAGCGGAAGAGGAAACGCAGAACCACCAUAAGUAUCGCUGCCAAAGAAGCCCUAGAGAGGCACUUUGGAGAACAAAGUAAGCCUUCUUCUCAGGAAAUUAUGAGGAUGGCUGAGGGGCUCAAUCUUGAGAAAGAAGUUGUGAGAGUUUGGUUUUGCAACAGAAGACAAAGGGAAAAAAGAGUGAAGACAAGUUUACAUCAGAAUGCCUUUAGUUCUAUUAUCAAGGAGCACCAUGAAUGCCGGUAAAGCUUUUCUAUGUAUAGAUGUGGAUUUCUGUUUUGCUUUUUGUAAAUACUGUAAAGACUGUGUUGUUUAAAACAAAAAGAAAAAUCAGUAAAGCAUUUGUUUCUCUUACAAGCUAGUGAGUUUCAGAUGCGGUGUGUUGUGAAAGACCCAAUUUUAAUGUAAAAGGUUGGAAAGAAAUGCUACUGUAUAUAUUUAACGAGUUGGUAGUCUCUGCUUAACUGCAAGGAACCUAUUAUGCAUUAUCCAGCUAGAAAUGCUUUCCAAGUUAAACUAGUUGCAGUUUCCCUGUGCUGUGCCUUUCUUGCAUCUGUGGUACAUUUAAUGAUUUAUGGAGAACCCUAUAUAGGUACCCUUAAGCAUCAGGAAACAAAGCCUUCAUGUUGUAUGUGAAGAAGCUAGAUAGCAGCAGCUAUAGAAGAUACAUAGAAGAUAUGUUGCCUCUGCAUGUCCAUGCAUGUGCUUCACCCGCCACAUGCAACCCCGUGCCAAGGAUGGGAUAUACCCAUGGGAUCUUGUGGGACUGCCACUAGAUCUAAGAGCCAGAGAGAGGAACACGAGCUGAAGAUCUGCCUUUCCAAAGAAUGGCUCAAACUCAGCUACCUGCUCACAACAGCUGUACACCUCCACCUGAGUCAUUUCAGGUAAAUUACUUGUGCAAGUUCAGGACAAAGCCAUUAGAAAUGGGCCAUAAAUGCUGUCAUUAUUUAGGACAGAUUAAGCUUACUAGUAUGGAGGUGUCAACACUAUUCCUAUUGUAUGCUCUGCCUCAGAGUACCAUUUGACUGCCUUAAACAGGUGCCAAGUAGAAGUGGUUUUUUUGUUUGUUAUCAAAGGUAAUUAAUUUAUUAUAUUCCUUAAAGUUUGAUUUGGAAAGGCUUAGAUGUAAACAUUGGGGUAUGAUUUACCUUACCUUAAGACUUUGUGACCUGAGGGGAAAACAAAUAGAGACUUAUCAACUGGUAUUACCACUUUUGGGCUUUCUCUGCAUUGUAUUUUUAUCUGAUUAAAUCCGCGUUUGGACAUACUUACACCAGAGAGAGUGUGUUAAGCCAAAAAGAGAAGACUCUAACCCUCUGAAAUAAAUAUCCACGCAAAGCAUGCACUUGCACUGCACAUUCCCAUUCUCUUACACCUUACUAAUUGAAAAUAAUCCCUUAUUUGUCAUCCCCUAGCCUAGAGAGAUAAUUGGGAGAAACAAAUCCAGUGCCAGAGCUCAACCUAUCAGAAAGACAGGCACUGAGAUAAUGGAAUUAAUGACUGUAGUACUCACCAGGGAUAGAUUAUCCAGCCACCUCAUCAGCCCUGUUCAUUGUUAUUGGAAUCACCCGUUACCAUAUACGUGUUUUUGACUGUUUUCCCAGGGCUGAAAUUAAGUGAGUACACACAAGUAGUACUGGCCAGAUACAUUUUAUUUUUCCAUAAAAUAGACUGGAUUAUUUAGAAAAUGUCUAGAUAACAGGCCCAUAGAAAGCAAAAGGAGUUUAAUGUUCAAGACCACUUAUAAGCAGCAUGUACAAGUUAAGUGCUCUCUCUAUAGUGUACGUUAAAUUAUCUAUGAUACCUAUUACAGUGACCAUAGCCCUCUUCAGCUCCAGAAAUCAGGCUCCUGGAUUUAAGAUAAUAUAUUUUUAUGGAUGAAUGCAUUACUAUAACCCCUUAAUUUGGAAGAAAACUUCAAUUUAAGAACUCAAAGGGGAAGAGUUGUGCUAUGUACUCUCUUCAGGCUGUUCCUAUCACUAUCACAGCUUACCUACUACAGCAGAGAAAGACCAACCUGUAGCCUUUAUUCACUCCAUGUAUUGACAGAUGAUGAACUUUCCAAAAGGAUGAAAGAUGAAUACAGUUGAGAAGAUUCGCACUCGGUGAAGGUGGUGGCAUGCAUUUGUGUACCUUUCAUGUUACGUGGUCUAGUGUUAUGCAUGUUAAAACUAUCUGAUAUAUAUAAAACUUAUUUAUAUUCUAAAUUAUUUUCUUAAUUAUAAAAGGCUCUCAGAAAUGCUGUAAGUCUGUACUUCCCCCUCAUCCAAUAAAGUAUUCUUAUACAUUUGGUAUUCCAGGUAACGGUUUGUAGUUCUGUUUUGGUAACACCUUUUCAGUUGUGUAUUGUGCUGAUGCACUUAGUCAUUUUAGCAUGUUGUAAUAGUUAAUUCAAGAGCAGACUUACUGUAACCAG